AUGUACAAUUGGAAGGACUCCGACGCAGUCCUUUACAAUGGAAUCUUCCAAACAGCAUCUUGCCUGGUAUCUUCAGGAAAUAGUUUUCUCAUAGGAUAUACUCGCAUAGGACAAAUUGAAAAAAGAAAACAAAUAAUGUUUGGUGUCACUGUGUUUCUACUGUUUCACAUUUUUAACUUUCCGUGGCCAUUCUACGCCGGACCGCUCGACUAUAUUCCAGAAGGGAAGAACUCAACUGAGAUUGGCGGAUGCCUUCCGUCCUAUAUAUGGUGCGAAACAGCUGUACGAGUACCUUUCCCAAUAUACCUAAUCUGUUUUGUUUUCUUCUUCGGCGUUUCCUUCCCUUUCACCGGGUCACCGUCAGCGACCCUGUAUUCGCAAAUUCUUGGACCACGUAAGCAGGGAAUGAUGCAAGGAAUUCAUUCGUUUGGGGGCAGCUUUGCUCAGUGUAUAGCUCCUAUUCUAGCAACGUAUUUGUUCAAGUAUUCCGGCUACAAAUACGUAAUGGUCACGCAGAUAUGUACAUUGGGACUAGCGCUUGUGAUGGUUAUUGUCUUCUAUCAUCGUCUCGUUCCUUUGAAAAUGAAACCACCGCCGGGUAAAGCAGCGAAAUAUAAGGAAGGUGUAUUCUACGUUAUGUGA